CUGGGCCUGUCAGCCUCUGCGACCCGACUCUCGCGGCCUGGCGGUGGCGCCGCGGCGGGGUCUUGGCUCUCAGUCCGUGGGACACGGCCCGACAAGCAGGCCUGUGCGCCUGGUUCCGCCCGUACCCCACUUCCGACGCUUCGGUCAUGUUCUUCAGGGCCCAGGUGAGGCGAGCUCUGCAGCGGGUGCCCGGGAAGCAGCGAUUCGGCAUCUACAGGUUCCUGCCCUUCUUUUUUGUCCUGGGAGGAGCAAUGGAGUGGAUCAUGAUUAAAGUGCGCGUGGGCCAGGAGACCUUCUAUGACGUCUACCGUAGAAAAGCUUCAGAAAGACAGUAUCAGAGAAGGCUGGAAGAUACAUCAGAGACCGAUCUUCAUAAGUUAAUAAAGUAAAUACAAAUUUUCA